AUGGAGACCACAGGCAGUGCCACUGAAGGCGACCCUCAGAGAGGAGAGGAUGGGGUGGAGUCAGGAACAGCACCUCCAACAACAGAGCUGAAGAAGAAGGGUUGUAAAGAGGUCUUUGGUUUGUCCAAGCUGACCCACUGGAGAACUGCAGUCUUCUUCUUCUCUCUGUUCCUCUGCCUCACCAUUGUGUUCGCCUUUUCCUUCAUCAUCCCCUGUCCUGUCAGACCACAGUAUCUCCUCACCUGGAACAGGACAUUCUCUGAAGCAGCUACCUAUGACUUUCUUGCUAUUGAAGAUGCAAGCAAGGACAAAGUGAUGGAUGUGCUAUUUGUCAUUAAAGACACAGAAGGAAGUCAGAACAACACGUGUGCUGAUGCAGGUCUGCCCUCGCCGUGUGUGUUUGUGCUAGCGGUGGAUGGGACAGAUGGAGAAAGCCUGUGGGAGCGUCCCCUAGAUCCUGAGUAUCACUGGGCUCAGUGCGGUCUGGAUAAAGAGACAAUCAGAGACUGGGACUGCCUGCUGUCUCAUUCUGACAAACUCACAGCUAUUGACAAAUCCAACGGUCUGUGCAGGUGGAAGUUAGUGGCACAGCCUCACCCUCCAGGUAUGUCCAGCACUGUGCGUUUAAGUGUCCCAGAUCUAGAUGGGGACAACGUCAAUGAUGUUGCCCUGGUGGCACCUGCAUUUACUUUACUCUUCAUGCCAUUUCUGCAGACUCAGCUGGUGUUCCUCUCUGGGAAGACGGGCGUCCAGGUUGGCUCUACUGUGACAAUUGACUACACAGAGGACAGCUAUCAUCUUCUUCAUUGCACUUCGGAGGGUUCUUCACAUUAUGUCCUACUACAAAGGGUUUGUAUCUAAAUUGGAAUGGACUCAGGUGUGUACGGGCUGGCUCUGUGGAAGAUUGCCGCUCAGGCUAAAGCGGGGAUGGAGGCCAGUCUUAAGAAGGACAAACACUGGGAGAAAAACUCGAGCACAACAUCCGGUCUUGUGCCUGUAUAUGAGUCUGACUCAGUGAAGCAAGUACUCAGAGUUGGAGAAACAGACGACCCACCGAACUUGCUGAUCGUGACUGGGGAGGAAGUGGCUUUAAUUGAUGGGAAAAUAUUGAAGGUGUUGUGGAAACUGAAUACCAGCUCAGUCCUCAGUGAAUCCGUCUUUGGUCACUUUAACAAAGAUGACAUACUGGAUGUUGUGUGGGAGGAGGAUAUCGGCAACACACAAAGAGGGGUUGUAAUACUUGAUGGAAAGUCCGGGGAUGUGCUGUGGGAAGUUAACCUCUUGGCCACUCCUAACUCACCGAGACCCGCCUCCAUUCACACAAACUCCUUCUCUAUUUUUGUGUUUUGGGGACGUUUGCCUUCAGAAACAAACUCAUCUGUACCUCUGAGUAGUGAGCGAUGUUCUUACAUGCUCCAUCCUCUCUAUUCAAAAGUUCUCCUUGAGUCGACCAGUGCCAUGGACCACAUCAUAACAUUUAAAGCCACACUGUUGGAGCGUGGACGACACGCUGCUUACAUCCUCCUGACGGGUCCUGUGAAGGAGGGUGCUGACGGCACCAUCAUCCUCAGCAAGCGCAAGCUGAAGCAGGACGUCCCCAUCAGCAAAGUACUCCGCAUCGGUACAGGGGAAAGCUCAGAGAACGAGGACAUCAAAGAGGCCUUCAACCGUCUGCGCUUCAGUGACUGGUGAAACUGCAACGUGUACUGUAUGUUGUCAGUGUUAGGAUUAAUUUGGUACAGCUGACUUUUAGUGGUCUCAAUCUAAAAACCAAAGUAAACACUAGCUAUGACUUUCUGACUGCUGAAACCCAAGAAAAAAGCUGUAUACUUGAUUUGACAGGGUUCUUCCCUUUGAUUUAUUCUGUUUUACAGACUGCAUACAUGCUAUCCUGUUUGUAAUACGUAGAGUCCAAAAUGCUACUGUUCCUAGACAAUCACGUGGCACAGAUUCCUUUUCUCCUGCUGAUCACUUCAUAGAGAGGGCCUGCCUUGCUGUAUAGUUUCGAGCACUUUUUAUGAAUUGACUUAAUUUGAAUGCACAGGCUAGAUUAUUAGUUACAUCUAUGCAACUUAAUACCACAUUUGGUUAAAAAGGUAGAACAUGCACACUUCUACAGGUGGAGGUUUAUAUGGGAUUGGAAUAUUUUAAUUGCCUUAAAGAAAUAGCUACAUGAUGCAAGGGCUUCCUUUUGGUUUGGUAUUUUUUCCAGACUGUACACUAAAACAGAAGAGAUGUAAAAAGUUACUUGAAAGGUAAGGGUUUAUGCUAUGUGGUUACACACUUUUUUUCUUUUACAUAUUCUGUUUUAAGGGUAUUGCCAGGACUCUCUUUAGUCAUUGGUACUGUUGCGAAGAGAUUUGUGUUUCUUACUUGCUCAAUCCAAGAUGCUGUAGUCUGGUGAUUCUGUUUGAUGCACACUGUGCAAACCAUACUGAAGGUUCUGCAGAAGAGUGAUAAUUACUGCUGAGAGUUUACAGCUCCUUUUAAAAGCUGUUUUUAUUUCUCUGUGAUUUUUACAGUUGAAUGAUUGAAAUUGAGGUUGUGGUUUUUGCUGUAUAUGAACCUAUUUUUUUGGAGCUGGCUUUUCUUUCCCACUUUAAUUGAGUUAUCUGACUAUUUUUGAAUUUGAGAAAUAUUAAACAAUUUUAAAGUAGUACUUUUUUGUUUUGUUUCCAAGAUAUGUGCUCUUAACAGAGCAAGUUGAGUGAAAUAAAGCAAAAAAAACACCA